GACGGUGAAGCCGACUACGAGCCCGAGGACCUUGUUGUCCAGAGGAAGCCGCCGUCGAAAUCGACUUCGCGGCGCUCUGCUCCUCGCAAGCACGCUGAGAAUGGCUCGGGCAAGACGCUGGGUCCGAGGAGGCGUGCCCUUGGUGCCCCGUUGAAGGAGAAGAAGGGUAGGUACAACCUUGAUCGUUCUGACGAGGAUCCUAACACUCGACAGCACCCCAGCCGGCCAUCGUACACAUUCCCACCGAUGGGCACAAGCCAGACAUGUCGUCACUGCCAUACCACGUCCUGCUCCAGAUCUUCGUCUAUGCCUCCCAUCCGUUGCGCGACGAGAACAUGCAUGCCACGCCUUCGAUCGCUUGGCUCAUCAAGAUGGCGCAAAUGUGUCAAGCCUUCACGAAGCCAGCUUUGACGGCGCUGUAUCGGAACCCGCCCAUCUUCGCAAUCCGGCAGAAUCGGAGGAAGCUGGUCCACCAUCUGACAUCCCCGCCAGCAGACGCUCGUCAGGAGUACAAGGUCAUGGUCAAGCGUCUCGAGCUCGACGCCACGCAGAUGUCUGCCUUGACCGACUCCACCAGCAGUGUGGCCGACCUGUCGGCCCUAGUAUCGUCGCUGACCACGCUGAAGGAGAUAGACAUCUUCGACCCGCUAGACCGCCCGCCGUACCGAGAGGGACUGAAGCGUACGCGCCGCUGGACUUAUCCCCCCGAACUUUUUGAGACUCUGCGGCAGAGCGAGCUGCGCUUGCAGAGCUGGCGCUGGCAUAGUGCCUACUGCGCCGAAGGUCUUGUGUGGAUAAAGGGCAUCCAUGCGGACCAAGCCUUCCAGAGCCUCCGCGAUGUCACUUUCGUCAAGUUCAACUUCGAUGAAAAGCGCAAGGAUGACUCUACCGACCCCACAACGGAGGAACUCCUCGCUUCCGCCGUGGCAUCCCUUCCGAACCUGCAGUCACUGGCCUUUGAGUCCUGCACCGCGGUCAACGGGAAGCUUCUGUCCAUGUUGCCGCCGGCCCUACUUAGCCUCAGCAUCACAAACUGCAUCUACCUCACCUCUGACUCCAUGCACGCCUUCCUCUCAGACCACGGGCGCCACCUAGAAGAGCUCGUCCUCAAUCACAACCAAUCCCUCGACCUCUCCUUCCUCACCUCACUCAAACACGACUGCCCUCGCCUCGAAGUCCUUAAGAUGGACCUAAACUACUACUCUACCCUCGCCAUGUCCUCCGACAAUGAGCCGCUCUACGACUGGCUCCUCGGCCUCGACGAAGUCCCCACCUGGCCGUCUACGCUCCGCGUAAUUGACAUGCAGCACCUCCGAAAAUGGGGCGCAGACUCUGCCACAAACUUCUUUACAAGUUUGAUUGACUCCGCGGCUGAGCUGCCCUAUCUGCGGGAGUUGCGCAUCCUCGCCAUGGUCGACAUGAAUUGGCGGGACCGCGCAGAUUUCCGCCGCAAGUGGGCCGCGCGUUUCGAGAAAGUAUUUGCGUGGCGCGGGAAGGCGCCUAGUCCGCAUCUUGCGUCGCUGCGAGCGUAUAGGGAGUGGAAAGCAGCUGAGCACGAGGGCGGCGAUAGGAACGACUCCCUCCUGGACAUCACCGCCGAGGACGUCCAAAAGGAUGCCCCACCGAAAGUGGAAGAUGGCGCUGACGACCCUGCCGAGAGUGAAAGCGAUAGCGACGUCCCGCUCCUGUCUAGGCGCAGCAAUAGAAACGAGGCCUGGAACCCCAAGCGCCUCCGCUCUCGCGCCAAAGCGUCGACCAACUACGACGAGACAUCUGACAAUGAGAACCAAAACGAGGAAGUAGAUGCGGAUGAGCACACCGAGGACACGGAGCUCGACGACCAAGAGCCCACCGUCGUGCAGGGCCGCUGUCACACGGUUAUGUGCCGGAUUGACAACUUGCGGCCCCGCGAAGAAAUGUUUGACGAGGCGGAUUUCCUAGACGAGGAGCGUAGUGGGGAUGAGGAAUGGGAUGAGGAUCGGGACGAGGUCGAGGAGGGGUACGCGUGGUAAGGUGGUGGGCGGGGCUUGCUUGCUUGCUGUCUAGCAAGAGACUGUAUUCCUAAUUGUUGUAUUAUUGACUUGAGCAGGGCUAGGAUGGUAGGGAUAUGGCUGCAUGCAUGUCUGGCUGGCGUUGACGGAGCAUCGGAUCGGUAUUGGGACUGUAUGUAUGAUAGAUACCCUGGAUUUCUCACGGGCGGUAUCUGCUUUGCGGGAUCAUACAUGGAACCAGCCAAUUGCAUCAUUACGCCAUCUGCUGUUCCCACAACCGUAGUUUUUCCGGGGCG